AUGGCCCUUGCGACCGCUACAAUCACCACGAUCGCGAAGACCCCACCGUCCGAGGGCUUCACCACUAAAGUCAUCAAGGUCGUGAUGACAUGCACCGGCAACCUUGACACCGACACCAUCCUCAUCGAGAACCCCGAUAUCCUUCGCAUGUUUGUUGAGAAGGAGGGAAAGAUAGUCAUCAGUUUCUCGCAUCUUCCCAUGAUGAUACCGAUCUGGAAGUUGGAACCUGCUGGCCCAAUGCCUGACAACCAGGGUCAAGAGGACACCGAUGAGGACUUCGAGAUGAUAAGGAACGCUUGGAAGACCUGUCUACUCGUAUGGGGGCGCCACGCGGGGCUCGACGAAUUGAACAGGCGAGCGGCUGUGACUAUGCGUGCGAUGCAGGAACAGGACGAGCUUGCUGCUCGAGCUGGUAAUGGUAAACAAUUGCGCUCUCUUCAAGUUGGUUGUUUGUGCUUUCGAAGUCAGUCUCCCCGCAAUCGCGAUCGCUGA